UGGGGGGCAAGCGUUUGACAUGUGUAGAGUGUAGGUCCCACUUUUCAUCACACUGCGGGCAAUGAAAUCAUUCACUUGAAUCCCGCCAGAACAAAAGUGAAACAGCAAGUACCUUGUGAAAGCAAAACCAGUCUCCCAUGAAUGCAUUCAAUAUGCGCCUUUCUUAUACACCCCACCAGCGGAGGGACAAUGCCAAUGUCGAUUGCAAUGCCAGAUGAACAACCUCCUCCAUCCCAGGACGAAGAAGAGGAGGUGGCCUGUCUCACUUACGAGGAAGCCUCGAUGCAGCAGAGCAGCCAUUUCCUUCACAAUCUGCAGGAGCUGAAGAACUUAAGGCCACAGCUCUACUCUGCAGCAGAAUAUUGUGAACUAUCCUAUGUCAACAAUCACCAUAAACCAAUGGUAGUGGAAAGUUUGAAAGACUAUGUAGUGAAGGCUCUGAUAAACACUGUAGACCAUUUGGGUUCUGUCUCCUACAAGCUAAACGACCUUCUUAGCAAGCAAAUUAAUGACAUUUCUUCUACACAGCUUCGGAUUACCUGCCUCAAUCAGAGGCUCCUUAAAUGCCAAGAAUAUAUUGAUAGGGAGGGUCUCAUGCAGCAGUGUUUGGUGGAGAGGAGUCCAAGAUACCACAAGCAUUAUAUUCUUCCACGCUCAGUAAUUGAAGAGUCUGAGGUCAGUGCAGAAAAACUGAUGGAGACUGACCAAUAUGAUGAGCAGACAACACCUUCAGGAGUAUAUCCGGAAAUUCAGGGUGCAACAAAGGCUAAUUCAAAUGCUUCCUUAAGAGAUGAAUCUGCAUUGAUGCCUUCAGCUAUGGGACCUGGAUCAUUCUUCUUCUUAGACACCGAAGUUCCUAUUCCAUCAGUUUCUUCACAGUAUUCUCGAGUUCAUUCAACACGUCUGUCUCCUGGUUUGACUACUUCAAGUUCCUUUGCUGCUGGACGGCGGCAGGAGUCUUCCAGGAUCUUCAAAUCUCCGUCACUGCGUUUGCCCUUUGGUGAUAGUCAUCGACUGGACAUUUGCAAGCCCCCUGCUAGAAGCAAGAGUUUGCUUUCAUUUUUGCUGAACAAGCGUAAAGCAGUGAAGCAGCACAUUAGUCGUGUCUCCUGAAUGCUUUCAGAUCUGACUGUGCUUAGCCAUGGAUCUGAAUUCUCCAAAUUUGGGCAUAUCAUUUCAAUCUGGGUGAAUUAAUUAGAUGACUCAAGUACAUCUGCUUUUUUGGCUUCAUAACUCUGAGUCUCAUAUUUUUUCCCGCCUUAUGAUUUCAAAGACAUCUAUUUGAACAUUAUGGUUGUAUGAGAUAAUUGUGUGAUAUUUUUUUUAACAUUUCAGAUUAUGUACUAUAUGGUUGCUUCCACCAUGAAAUUUUUUCAUGGUCAA